GUAUGAGUAAAGCAGUUGGCGCACUGCCACCGAACAAAGUUAAGAAUCUCCGGUUUACCGGUCCGAAGGCUGACGGAUGGCUUACGCUCAUACUCCAUGGCUUCCACGUCCAAUGUCCGGCUGGAUUCUGUCACCUCCGAAGCUGCAAUAAACAACGAUUUCGACAACCAGAAUGAGUCAAUAGAUCUCGUUGGUGGUCCAUUUGCCGUCAUCGAAUCGGACCCAGGCGUUUUCACAUCUUUGACGCGUAAACUGGGAGUCAAGCACCUCGAGAUCGUCGAAGUAUAUGAUAUAGAACCUUGGGCUGUCGACCACCUCCAUCCGUACGGCUUGGUUUUCUGCUUUCGCUGGCGAAAGGACACACAUCGUCCUGCCGACUUUAAGGAUCCAGCUGCUGAGCAUGUAUGGUUUGCGAACCAGCUUAGCGACGAUGCAUGCGCAUCUCAGGCCCUUCUGAACAUUCUUUUCAACUGCGCAAGCGUCGAUAUCGGGACAGAGCUGAGAGAGUUCAAAGAACAUACGAAGGAAAUGUCUCCCGAGAUGAAAGGGCUCGCGAUAUCGAAUUCUUCUCUGAUCCGAAACGCUCAUAAUUCUCUCGCUAGACCAGCCGACCUCCGAGGCGCCAACAACGCCUUGACCACGAUCAUCCUCGAUGCCGAGAAGGAGAAAAAGAAACGAGGCUCCAACCCUCCCCCGAAUAAACGCGCCAAGACCAAGAAACCCCCAGCUAAGAAAGCCGAAGAAGGCGACGAGGAAACAUAUCAUUUCAUCGGCUACGUCCCUGCAUAUGGCAAAGUCUGGGAACUUGAUGGGCUCAAGUCGGGACCCUUAGAGGUGGGCGACGUGGCGGCCAAGACGGAGUGGAUGGACGUCGUUCGGCCAGCACUGAGGACGAAGAUGCGUAAGUAUGGCGGUGCAGGUGAGGAUGGUGGAAACAAUAUCCAAUUCAGCCUCCUGGCUAUUGUGGACGAUGCGUGUGAGAAGGCAAGCGACGAGUGGGAGUAUUGGAAGUCGGAACGGCGGCAGCUUGAGCGGCGUCUAGAGGAAGGCUGGCAGAAGGCGGUCGAUUCGGCACUUCUCUCUGCUGCUGCAAAUGUGUUUGACGGCGGAAGCGGACAAAAAUUUGCUUCUGAUUUCGCCAGUAGACGCAAUGAUAGGGAUCGAGAUAUAUUGAUUAUGGACCAGGAUGCUCUACGGAACGCGUGGGAGAAAUGCGUCACCAAUGCUAUGAGGGCCAAGGUGGCUGUAGAAGAGGAGAUGGUGAAAGCACGGAAAGACCACACUGAACACGUAAAACGAACACACGAUUAUGAGCCAUUCUUUGUCGAGUUUCUGAAUCGCCUAAAGGACGAAGGUCUUCUGCCAGGGUUGCUUGCAAAGAAGUAACACUGUUUCCACGGACUUAGGGAUAUAGCUGUAUUGAUAUAAUUUGUGAUGUAACGAUUGGAAUUCAUUCGAUAACGCGCAGAGGGU